CAUACCACCAAAAUGCCUUUUGCCACUCUCUUUCUCUCUCUCUCUAACUUUCCCCUUAGAGACUCCCCAUUCUCCAACUAGGGUUUUCACUCUAGAAACAACAAAAGAAUACCAAUAAUAAUUUGAAAACCUUCUUGAGGAUUUUUCAUCUAUUCUUAUAGUAAAGACACAAACAAGAGAAGCAAGAUGAUCAAACCAUUCUGAGUAGAUAUCUCCGGCACUUUCUCUUGUUGCUCCAAUAAAAGGGGAUAUAUAACAAAAAAAUGUCAUCAUCUUCGUAUUCGAACUACACAAACUCACCGUGCGCAGCAUGCAAGUUCCUCCGGCGGAAAUGCACCUCAGAAUGCGUAUUCGCACCAUAUUUUCCACCAGAUGAACCUUUAAAGUUUGCUAACGUCCACCGGAUAUUUGGAGCAAGCAACGUGAGCAAGAUCCUUCAUGAAGUGGCCCCGCAUCAACGGGAAGAUGCGGUGAACUCGCUGGCUUACGAAGCGGAGGCACGGCUAAAAGAUCCAGUUUAUGGCUGCGUUGGGGCCAUCUCGGUGCUUCAAAGAGAGGUCUUGAGGCUGCAAAGGGAGUUAGAGGAGACAAAUGCUGAUCUCAUGAGGUAUGCUAGUUGUCUAGGCGGUGAAACGUCGGCGUAUGGUGGACGGAGAGGUUGACUGGUAAACGACAGUUGUUUAGUCCAUCAAUCAUUCUUUGAGAGAGUGAACGGUUGAUGUGAUGGAAGUGAUAAGGAUAUCUUCGUAUGUAUGUGUAUGUAAUGUAUAUGUAUGUGUAUGUACAUACUUAUGCGUCUUUGUAAUUUAAAUUGUACUUACUUUUACAUGGGAGGUCAACGGAUACUUUUGAAUAUGUUGAAUAAGGAAAUAAUUAAUUCAUGUA